AUGCGGUCUUAUAAUUCAUCCGCCGGCACCUGCUACGAAGGCGCCUGCGCCGGCGAUAGGGUGUACAGCACAGACGGCACCUGCGGCCCGGACCACGGCCUCCGGCUGUGCGCCGGCAAGUGGGGCGACUGCUGCAACCUGGACGGCGCCUGCGGCACCGGCGACGACUUCUGCGGCACCUCCGUGUGCUUCUCCGGCAACUGCACCAUUCGCGACUUCGAACCGAGACCGCCUGAAUGGACGAGGGAGAAUACGCCCGACGGCACGUGCGGUGGCGAGAACGGCUACACCUGCAACGUCGUGUACGGCUGGUGUUGUAACAAGGAUGACACCUGCGGUGUCCACGCGUCGGAUUAUUAA